UUUUUUUACUUGAUUUAGUAGAGAACUGUGAGACGAGUUGAAGCGUGUUUCGGUAUAUUUCUCUGUCCAACUCUUUUGCCUUCUUACUUCGAAACUCUCUUUACCUCUUUCUCUCUCUCCUCUCUCUCAGCUAAACCAACAUGAUAAUACCAGAUGAUCCUCAUCUCCUCUCAUUCCCCAGCUACGUCCUUCACCAAGAACACAUCACCCCGAAUCCUAACCCUAACCCUAAUCCUACCGCCUCAAAGUCAAACAAAAGGAAAAGAAAUCUCCCGGGUAAUCCAGAUCCAGAUGCAGAAGUCAUCGCUCUAUCGCCAAACUCGCUCAUGACGACGAACAGAUUCAUAUGCGAGAUCUGCAACAAAGGAUUUAAGAGAGACCAAAACCUUCAGCUUCACCGGAGAGGCCAUAAUCUUCCAUGGAAACUAAAGCAAAGGACGGACAAGGAGCAAGUGAAGAAGAAGGUGUACAUCUGCCCUGAGAAGACCUGCGUACACCACGACCCGGGUCGAGCCCUCGGGGACUUAACUGGAAUCAAGAAGCAUUUCAGCAGAAAACAUGGAGAGAAGAAGUGGAAAUGCGACAAAUGUUCCAAAAAAUAUGCAGUCGUGUCGGAUUGGAAAGCUCAUAGCAAGAUUUGUGGUACCAGAGAGUACAGAUGUGACUGCGGUACCAUCUUUUCCAGAAAAGAUAGUUUCAUCACACAUAGAGCAUUUUGUGACGCUUUAGCCGAAGAAAGUGCUCGAUUUGCCUCAGUUCCACCAGCCGCAGCUGCAUAUUUGAACAAUUCCUCGGAUGCAGAAGUCAAUCUUGGAAACAUCAAACCAAAUCAUCAACAACGACUACUUGAUUGUACAUCUUCUCAACUGGAUCGACACGGUUUCAAUGUCAAUCGCAACAACAUAAAUGGCUUCACGGGACAAUCCUCCACCAACCAGCUUCCUUUAGCAGCCAACGUUUUCGCAUCUUCAUCAUCUCCAUCACCUCAUAGUGCAUCUGCUUUGCUUCAAAAUCUAUGGCAAUUACAAGGACAAUCAUAUCAGCAGUUGCUACUCAACAAAAACAACAACAACAUUAUACAAAAUGGAAUGCCCAAUAAUCAAGAAGAUCAUGACACUAUAAAAAGGGAAUUAGUAAUUAAUGGUUCUUUGUUUUCUUCGGAAGCACGCACCAGUUAUAACCAAAACGGUGGACAGGAAAUAGCCUCGAUGUCAGCCACGGCAUUGCUGCAGAUGGCGGCUCAAAUGGGCUCAAAGAGAUCGUCAUCAAGCUCCAACAAUGGCAUGGCUUUUGGUCUAAUGACUUCCUCCAUCUUCAACAAUAAAGAAAUGGAGAAUAAAAUCAAAACUAAGGAAGUCGAUGAAAGAGGCUUCACAAGAGACUUUCUUGGUGAGGGAAGUCAAAACCGUCCGGCCAAUAUUGAUGGUCAACCAUAAUCUUCCAACCACUACGACGGCACACCAACCACCGAAUCACAAAACAUAAACUAUAAUCAACGUGACGAGCGGAUACAUUAAGCCUGGCAGCACAAAAUGAAGAAAAUUGUGAAAGAAGCUAUUCUGACUCGGAACUCGGAGAGAAUCUCUGAGUCAACUCGGUCCUGAACACUGGGUCCUCUCGCUUGAGAAA